AGAGAGAGAGAGAGAGAGAGUGUGUGACACAAUGAAGGGUGACCAGCUUCCUCUUCAUGUGUUACUGUUCCCAUGUCUGGCUUUUGACCACGGUGCUUCCUCCUCCGUCCAACUCUCUAACUGGCUGUCUCACAACGGCAUCAACAUCACCUUCCUCUCUCCCACCUCCUUCAUCUCCAACGUCCGUUCCCUCCUUCACCCCAACAUCCGCCUUGUCAGCUACCACCUUCCUCCCGUCGCCGGAAUUCCGGCCGGCGUUGAACCAACUGUUGGUGAUCUGCCCUUGCUUGUGUCUCUCUUAGAGGCCGUAGAGUCCUGCAAACAACAGAUUACAGAUCAACUUUCCCAACUCUCCCCUCAAGUCGUUAUCUUCGACUUCAUCCACCACUGGCUCCCGCCGCUGGCUGAUUCCCUUGGAAUCAAGGCCGUCUUCUUCUACACCGGCAGCGCCGGGUCCGCCGCCUCGUGCCUCCGCACGAUAAGGCGUCUCCGCGCCAUCAAGCUUAUGCUCGCUGUGGAUCGAUUGCUUCCGUCAAGUCUCCUUGCAGCAUUUUCCGGCCUGAAGAGAUGCGAUGUUCGCGAUAUGCUGCAUUUUUUCAAAAGCCACCGCGGCGUGGCGUUCUCGUUCUACCAGCGGUUGGCGGCCACCAUAACGCUCAGCUCCGCCGUCGCCCUGAAGAGCGCCACAGAGAUCGAGAGGAAGACGAUCAAGUACCUCUCGUCCCGGUGCCCGAAGCGGCUGCUGCUCACCGGGACCCUCGUGUCAAAGGCUCCUCACGAAGGACUCGAGCCUCGGUGGGAUUGGGAAGAAUGGCUGAGCAAGUACCCAGCAGGAUCGGUGGUCUUCUGCUCGGUAGGCAGUGAGGUCGGUCUACCGGACGAGCAGUUUACCGAGAUAGUCGCCGGAUUGGAGAUGAGUGGCUUGCCAUUCUUGCUGAUCAUGGACCUUCCGCCGACGUCCAAAGCGAAGGUUGUGGUGGAAGAGAGGUUGGGAGGAAAAGGGAUGGUAUGUAAAGGGUGGAAGCAGAAGCAGCAGCAGCAGCACAUCUUGCGGCAUUCUUCCGUCGGAGUUUACGUCGGUCAUGGUGAACUGAGCUCGAUGCUGGAGGCGGUGGCCGGCGGGUGUCAAGUGGUGGUGCUGCCGACGAAAGGAGAUGUGGCUUCGGAUGCGAAGGUAAUGGUGGGGGAGCUUAAGGCUGGGGUGGCGGUCAAGGUGAGGAGAUCGUGCGGGGGCGGGAGGUUGACGAGGGAGGCAGUGUGCAGAGCCGUGGGACUACUGAUGUCGGAAGACUCCGAUAGGACAAAGAGGGUGAGGGCCAACAACGCCAAGCUCAGGGAGCUGCUGCUCAAUGAUAGCUCCCAACAGCACCACAUUCAAAAGUUCAUGGCGAAGCUCAGAGGGUUGAUGGUUUCUUAGAGCAUUAGUGACUAAAUGUCAUUGUCUUCAUAGAACCUUGUAACAUAGUGUUUCCUGAAUCUAUGUUUAAUUUUGAAGUAAAA